GUGAAUCAAAACACUCCAACAAAAAUUAGUCUGAAGACAAAACAGAGAAACGCUUCUAAGUGUAAAACUACUGCAUCAAUACUCCAAGAGACAUGUUUGCAAACCUGCCGACAUCUCUACCAUUUCUAUGAGCUAUUACAGAAACAGUUAUUUGACUUUUCUGAAACUGCUUAUAUUUUGCAUAAAGAUUCUUAAUACAUUUCAAGGAUAUAUAGGAUACUGCUUUUUGGGAUGUAAGAUGAUACUACAUCUUUUUAUGGGACUAUCCAUUUCUAGACUAUGUACUAAGAAAGUUAAAGGAAGCAGUAACACAGUCCUAGUUUUUAUACUAUCAAAAGAUCUUUAAUAAUAAGGAAGCAAAAAAAAGGGCAGUUUUUAAAUGAAAAAAGUAUUUGUGUACUGAUAUGUGGAACUCAGUUUUAAUGAACGCAGGAAAGCCUAUCAUUUCUUUAUAGCACUGAACCUAGAGUACAGAGGAAAUAAAUGUUUUCAAGUUGGAUUUUAGAGUCAUUUAAUACUUUUAUACCUCUGUAAUGGAUCUAGAACGGACACUUACAGAGACUGAUGAUACAGGAGUGCUCAACUUUUCUCUUGAAGCUUCAGAUUAUGCUGGCUUGAUGAUAAAUCUGUCAAUGAGUACUAAUAACUCUUUUAUAAAUAAGACAGAAGUCGAUUCACCACCAUUCUUGACUGAUGCAUGGCUUGUGCCAUUUUUCUUUGCACUUCUAAUGCUGGUGGGACUGAUUGGAAACUCACUGGUCAUCUAUGUGGUCUCAAAACAUAAACAAAUGAGGACAGCCACAAACUUCUACAUUGCAAACUUAGCUGCAACAGACAUUAUAUUCCUUGUAUGCUGCGUUCCCUUUACUGCAACACUUUAUCCUUUGCCCAGCUGGAUCUUUGGAGAGUUCAUGUGCAAAUUUGUAGCCUACUUACAACAGGUGACUGUGCAGGCAACCUGUAUUACAUUAACAGCUAUGAGUGCUGACCGUUGCUAUGCCACUGUGUACCCAUUGAAAUCUCUGCGCCAUCGGACUCCAAGAGUCGCAAUGAUUGUGAGCAUCUGUAUCUGGAUCGGCUCAUUUAUUUUAUCCAGCCCUAUAAUAACUUUUCAGAAAACACAAGAAGGAGAUUGGUAUGGGCCAAGAAUCUACUGCAUUGAUCAUUUUUCCUCUGAGAGCAUCAAAAAAGCAUUCAUUCUUUAUCAGUUCUUCUCUGUAUAUCUUCUUCCCCUACUUGCCAUCUGCCUUUGCUACUCAGUUAUGCUGAAACGGGUGGGACAACCAGUUGUUGAACCAGCAGACAACAGCUACCAGGUGCAGUUGCUAUCUGAAAGAACCAUUGCUAUGAGAAGCAAGAUCUCCAAAAUGGUGGUAGUGAUUGUCUUGCUCUUCACAAUUUGUUGGGGUCCUAUACAGCUUUUUACUCUGUUCCAGGGGUUUUAUCCAGGAUACCAAGCUAACUACACAACUUACAAGAUUAAGACAUGGGCCAAUUGCAUGUCCUAUGCGAACUCCUCCAUCAACCCCAUAAUUUAUGGUUUUAUGGGUGCAAGCUUUCGCAAGUCUUUCAGGAAAGCCUUCCCUAUAAUAUUUCGACGUAAGGUGAGGGACAGCAGCGUCACCUCUGGCACUGUAAAUGCUGAGAUGAAGUUUGUUGCUGGGGAAUCAAGCCAAAAUGAGACAAAAUGAACAAACGAUGGAAGUGUUCUGCUACAUGUAUGACAUAUACCACAUAACCAUUGUUGUUUUAAAUGUGUUUUUUCACUAAAUGACUGCAAUACAUGUCAUAAAAAAAGACUGGAGUAACUGAAAUUGAUUUUAUGAUUAAGUAGUAAUGCAUGAGCACUGACAAAGUACUCAAUGCUCAGUUUUAAUGAUUGGCUGACUGCAAUAGAAAUUUGAAGCACAAUUACUGAAACUAGAAGGGCUUCCUGUAGUUAGACUAUAUGUGAAGUCAUUGUUUAUACAGUGAUGUCAGAGAAGACAUUCUAAAAGCACAUGUAAAGUGCAUAAAUGUGUUGUAGUAAAAAAUGUAAUAAUAUACAUGUUCUUGUAAUUGUCAAGUGUUUAUUCCACUUCAUGGUUUUUAAUUUUGGGCUUCACUGAUGAUAUGGCUACAUGUAUUAAAUUGCACAAAUGUGAUGAA